CUUCUACUUCAAUUUAUGUAAAUUAUUUCUGCAUUAGUAUUCUUGGUUAAAAUGGAAGAACAUGGUAGGGCUGCAUAAUUUUUUUCAUUUUUUUGUUUGGAAAAAGUUUCUCCUCUAUGCUAACCUGGAGUCCCUGUAUUUUAGGAAAUGCUCAAAGAUGUAGUGCCGAGAACAAAGUAGUUCUUGAUGUGGGAGCUGGAAUUGGAAUUUUGUCCCUGUUUUGUGCAAAAGCAGGGGCAGCACAUGUUUAUGCUGUUGAAUGCUCUCAUAUGGCUGAUAUGGCUAAAAAAAUUGUUGAAACAAAUUCUUACUCAAUUUUUUUAUUGUUACAGUAGUCACAGUUUUGAAAGGAAAGAUUGAAGAAAUUGUGCUUCCAGUUGCAAAUGUAGACAUUAUUAUAUGAGAGUGGAUGGGUUAGUUUUUAUUAUUUGAAAAUAUGUUGAAUACAGUGUUAUAUGCCCGUGAUAAAUGGCUUGUCAAUGAUGUAGUUGUGCUACCAGAUAAAGCUUCUCUUUACUUGACAGCUAUCGAGGAUGCAGAGUACAAAGAUGACAAGAUUGAAUUUUGGAAUAAUGUUUACGGCUUUGACAUGAGUUGCAUAAAAAAGCAAGCUAUGAUGGAACCUCUUGUUGACACGGUUGACCAGAAACAAAUUGUGACAAAUUGCCACCUUCUCAAGACAAAGGAUAUUUCUAAGACGAUUCCCGAGGAUGCUUCUUUCACUGCACCUUUCAAGCUUAUUGCAGAACGUGACGAUAACAUUCAUUCUUUCCCAAAUUCCGUUUUCAAUCAGCAGUAAUAAACUGCAGAAUCUUCCCAUUCUUUGUCCUUUCUAUCUUAUUGAUGAAUACAAAUCGGGGAGCAUCCUAGAAUAUUUUUGCCCUUGGUUUAUGGCAAUACGGAAGUAAUGCAUCUGCUAAGUAUGGAGUUUUGGUGCAACUAAUAUUUUUUUUCUUCUCACUACUGCAAAUCAAAAAACAAAAUGCAGGACCAAAAUCGCGAGCCACCCAUUGGAAGCAAACAGUGUUAUAUUUAGAGGAUGUGCUAACCAUAUGUGAAGGCGAUGCAAUAACUGGGAGCAUGACUGUGGCGCCAAACAAGAAGAAUCCCCGAGAUGUGGAUAUAAUGGUCAAAUAUUCAUUGAGCGGUCGACGCGGUGUGGUUUCAAGAGUUCAAUUCUACAAGAUGCGCUGAUUUUGUUGCCAGAGUAUUUCUUCAUUAUUACUAGCUGCUCCACCACCUUUGUUACCGUGUUGGAGAAGACCUUAUUUGCAUGUUUCUUCAACGUUUCACUUCGAUUUUUUUUUUCUAUUCCUUUGCUGUUCCUCUGCUUCCAAUCACCCUUUGUACUUUCAUUUCUCUCGAAAGUUAUUCUCCGAGAGGAAAAAAAUAUAAUAAUCAAACCAAGAAUCUUAUAGAAACGCUAUCAUGCUGGAAAUUGAAUCUAUAAAUGCUUCA